CUAGAUCGUAUUCGACAUGGCUUUCUUAAUCUUUGACAACGUCCAUAGCCAACCCACUGCGACUCUCUAAUUCAACAUCCGCGCCCCGCAACCGAGCGUAUAGCGCCCACGACUACCAUCGGACCACUGAUCUCGACCCCAGCUCCUGAAGCGAAUCCGCCUGCACCAACGCAUCGCAUGAAUGCCAUCAUGUACAAGCAUGCUCAUCCAAGCAGCGUCCGUUUGCGUGAUCCAGGCCGACCGGUCACCAGGUAUGCUAUUCACGCGGAUCCACCUCUUGAAAGUGCCGGAAGGGCGAAGACCUCGAAGCCCUUGACGAACCUCUUCCCGCUCCGACUUCUAGACGCCGCACGUUGUAUGAAACCAGGAAGCUCGCCACGCCAUCGUCACCCGAGGAGGAGAGCACGCUGGCGUCGAGCGUUCCAGAAUUUGCGCCCUCGGCACACUAGCGCUGCGCGUACGCGCUCGGAUCGGCCGCAGGAGACGGAGACGACGAAAGGCGAUACGAUGAUGCCGCGCGACUCGGGUCCGUCGGAAUGCGCCUGUGCCGUCGAUAGAGCCCUGGAUAGAAUCCGCGCUGCGUUCGUCGCGUACGUUCUUGACGGUUGCGACCGAAGGUUCGAUGUCAGUCUGACGGGAUCCGAAUGUUUGCAUGAGGACGAUGCGAAUCCUUGACGAGGUCACCGGUUUGCAGAAGAGGGGCACAUUCCACUGCCGUCGACCAUAGACGUGGACAAGUAGCGGUUGGCGUGCAUUUCGCGCAUUCGAUGAUGACGCAAGUCGUCUCGAGGUGGGGUGUUGAUGAUUGGUAGGCGGUGCGUCAAGGUGGAAAGUACCUGUAGCAUGUAUAUGGGCGCACGUCAGCGACAAUCGUAACGGAAAUGUGCAGAAAACAGAAGAGGGAGGGGCUCACGCAAUGGGGAUGUACCAUGACUCAGUCGGCCUUUCGGGGAGCCACACACAGGAUAUUCAAUACCCGAAUGAGCGAGCGAAUAUGAUCUUCCGUGAUGGUGAAGGGCGGCCGAAGUAGAGCCACUCCAGUGCGUUCGUCGUGAGGCCGCCGGCCGUGCAUACAAUUGCUGCUCCUGAUGAGCGAUAUCGUCCGCCUCCCGUCCACUCCGCUCGACAACUGUCUGUCCGGAUCGAGGCUGGGCACAACGGUCACGGUGUUCAGGCCCAUUGUAAGUAUAUCCGAGCUCGAUGUCAUCACUGGACUGCGCGCCUUUGGGCGAAGCGUCUUCGUAUACAGAGAGCGGGUCGCCGUGCCGGUGGACCACGUUGAGGGCGAUAUAGUAUUCGCGGACGAGAAGGAGGCGUGAUAACGGCGGUGACGGUGCCAUGACGCCGACGUUGAGGAGGAGGUUGACGGAACGAUGAGGCGCAUAUGCUGAUACAUGGACUGCAUCGCGUCCGGGAAAGAGUGUUGUGGUGGAGCAUGACUAGGGUGAAGGAGAGCAGAGGCGUCCUGUCCAAGGUGAUCGGUAGACGAGGCUGCUGGUCGGGGACAAUGGCGGCGCGUGCGGUCGACGCGUUCUUGGACUCUGGAAGUGCGCUGGACCGAGCAGGAGGGGCAUUUGACCUGUUCAACGUUCGGCGCUCGAGCUAACGUCGACCAUCAAAUAUUCUUCGGGUCCGUCCUCGUUCCCAUAUCGCCCAGCGCGAGUCUUCAGUCUGAUUGGCGUACAUCUUGG